GGCUCCUGAGCUCAGUCUGCAGCCAACAGCCGUGGAAGACUUCUGAAAAGUUCAGGCAAAGCAUCCUCUUCCUUGUGUAUAAAAGAGCUGCAUGUUUCCUUAUGAGUUACACCCGCUGCUUCCUCUUCCAAGAUUCAGCCACAAGAAGCCAAAGCCGACAUGACUUUCUACGAUGACGUCUAUCCUUUUUACAAUAUGCGAAGGACGUCUGUCAUCUUCAAUGGCCAUUUGCUCACCGUUAUUGUGUGUUUCCUCGUGUCUGCGCUCAGCCUACUAUUUAUUCUGCCAGGGAUUCGAGGAAAAUCGCGGCUGUUCUGGUUCUUAAGGAUCAUUUUGAGCUUGUUUAUCGGCGCUGUCAUCGUGGCACUCAACUUUACUGACAAUUGGGCCGAGGCUCGUAUAAGCACAAAUACCACUUACAAGUCUUUCAGCAGUGCGUUGGUUAAUGCUGACGUUGGAUUACACGUUGGCCUGUACGGCAUCAAUGUUACCCUGAAAGGCAAUCCCGUUGUUCAGCUGAACGAAACCAUCGACUACAAUGAGAUGUUCAGCUGGCGUGAAACGAUCGAGGACGAUUACAAGGAAGCGUUGGAAAAAGGACUCCCGAACCCCAUCCUAUACAUCGCCGAGAAAUUCACUCUCAACAGCCCGUGCGGGCUCAUCUUUCACUACAGAAACUCUGGGCGAUAUGCAUCUGCAACACUCUGGGUGGCCUUUUGCUGCUGGAUGCUGGCCAACAUCCUCUUCUCCAUGCCGGUUAUUUUAUACGCCGGCUAUAUGAUGUUGGCUACGGCUGCCUUCAUCUUCAUCUCCAUGGCUGCCUUCGCCACCAUCAUGCAAGCGCCCAGCUGUGUUUUCUCCAUCGGAACCGCCACGUUUAAAGCGGCAUACAGCUUUUCAUUCUGGUUCGCUCUGGCAACCGGUGUGCUGUGCGCCGUCAUUGGGGUUCUGGUGGUGGUAAUGAACUGGAUAGUACCUGAGAAGAUGAGAGAGGCUUUCAGCGUGGGUGUUGACAGUUUUGAAGAUGAGGACAUUUCUUACGGCGCCACAUAUGUGAAUUCAGCCAUCCUUGAUGAUGUCACAGUAUCUCCAUGCACAACGCCCGAGGUCAUAGUGGAACGUCUAUGAGUCCCCGUCGACAAGAUUUGCGAUCAAUACUUGAAAAUCGACAGGAUGCGUUACUGAACGAGAUUGUUGGAUGUCACUCGUUUCUGUGUCAAAUGUUCCUAUGUUUGUUCUUUGUAAUUUAAACGUACUUGUAAAUAUACAUUUAUUUUGUAUGGAAUCCAUGCACUGUAGUGUUAAUGAACACAGAACUUUUUGUUUUUAGUCUUAAUAUUGGCCUGAAAUGACUAAAAUAUGUAGAUCCUGUAGGAUUGUGGCAAAUGUAUUAUUAGUGAUAUAUAGUAUGCUAUACUGCUUGUCAUAAUAUUAUAUAUAAUGUAAUAAGGAAGUGUGGUAAAAUGAAAUGUUUUAUGACAUAUCUACUUGUGUUAUUUUUUUCAAUGAUACCUUAAUAUAAAAAAAAUGAAAGCAAACAAGAAUGAAGCAAUGAGACUGUAAUAUUUGUGUUACACGAUUACAUUCAUUCCGUAAUGUACAUUCUUGUCCGCUCUUGUAAAGGUUAUCUCUUAAAACUGCAUUUCAAAAUGAAGGAGUGUCUUUGGCCUUCAGCAUCUCCAUACUACACAUAAUUUAGUGGCUUUGUACAGUGUAAUACAGUACAUGUAGAAUACUUGCUGUAAUAGAUUAUUAUGAAUUCUUGGUCAGAAAUCCAUCAUUAUACCAUGCAUAUACUGUACGAGAGUAAUAUGGCCUUCCCAAUCCAGUCCUUGAGUAAUCCGUAGUAUUUACAGUACAAUUACAUAGACACUAUAAAAAUGACUAACUAAAAUAUAAAUGCACUUUUUUCAUAGGAAAAUAAAAGUGACCGUUAAGCUAUUUCUCUUCCACAUUCACGCACAACACGACAGAAUUCACAUCGUAAGGCCAUUAUGAGAAUGUAAUUCAAGAUUAAACCUGAAAUGACAACCGGA